AUGGUGCGCAACUCCAAGUGGCAGUACUCCGUCGAGGGCGGCGAGCCCAAUAAAGGUUGCGCCAGCAAGACCGCGCCUCUCGAUCCUCACACGCCAUCGACCAUCCCACGACGACCCACGAUCAACUCGCGAGAUGUCAGUCAUACAUCUGCGAUUCCUACAAGAGGCAUGCCAAAGACACCGUCGAGUUCGGAGGAAAAGAUGUUGGGAGGAUUCCUUAUACGACGGGGAGAUCAUGAAGCGAGUAUCCAGCGCUGUACUUCCAAGGCACGGAGUCACGGAUAAUCUGCUUCAUGAUCCGCUUCCUGAACUGACCGUUGUACAGAAAGACCGAUUUCAGCAGGCGAAAAGCCAGGUCCAGGCCCAGGCAUUUGGUGAUAAUCGACGCGGUGACCCUGACCCGAAUGAGCUACGGGAGGAUCGAGCUCUCAACAUUUCCGCGGACCUGGAUACUGCGGUCGAGAAGCUCAGAGAAGUGGUCAAGAGCAAGACAAAGUUACAUCUGAGCUGCGGCAGAGGUCCUUCGAAGGCGCUCGCCGAUUGCAAAGAAGAGGCGCGCAGUCGCUCCAUGCGUGCAGACUCUGCAGAGACUCGCAGUGGUCGUAGCCUUGGCUUCAGCAUCGGUCCAGACGGCUGCGAUAUCGAUGUCUCUAUUCCAAACUGGCUUGCGGGAGCCGUUCUGCUCGCCAUCAUUUUUCACUACCGCGAUGGUGCCGGUUCGUCUCUUCUGGCUCGCGCUGUGAAAACUGCGCUGUCUGUCUACUUUAUGAGAGCUCUCUUGCCCACCUGGCUGCUGGUUUGUAUCUGCGCUUCGUGGCUGCUUUGGUUCUAG